AGUGAGAUGACGCCGGAGGAGCUGCAGAAGCGAGAGGAGGAGGAGUUCAACACGGGGCCGCUCUCCGUCCUCACCCAGUCCGUCAAGAACAACACCCAGGUCCUCAUCAACUGCCGCAACAACAAGAAGCUCUUGGGACGUGUCAAGGCCUUUGACAG